CUUUGCCCUAAGGCAAAAACCCUCCUCUGGUAUUCCAACCCCCUCGCUCUCUCUCCUCACACAAAAGCAACCAUAGCCGCCUCCAAAAUCCAGUUCAACUUCUCAAAAAUGUCAGCGAAAUGGCGCGCAUUACAGCACCGCCACCGCUACACAUACAGUGCUGUGAUAUUCCCGUCUUCCUUCACAGACACCUUGCUUUCUCAAUCUCUCCUUCCCUUAAACCCUAACUUCUCCCUUUUCUUCACCCAACUCAAAACCCUAAUUUCACUCAAUUCAAUUUACUCUCAAGUAAACCACUCCAAAAACCUCGCUUCCUCCUUCACCAACCUCCUAUCUCUAAUACAAACCGAAAACGACACUCCGAUUCUUCAAACGGCAUGCCGUUUUUACUUGGAAGUUUUGUUUCUGGAAAAUUCAGUGCCUUUGCAUCGAACUUUGAUUUCUGGUUUAUCAAAAGUGAGUAACAAGGAUCGUCAGGUUUUGAUUGUUGAGUGUUUUAGGGAUUUAUGUGAGGAUUACAAGAAAUGGAGUAAUAGAAAGAGGUUUUGUUUAUCACGUGUUGCUUUAUCAAUUAUGGGGAUGCCAAAAUUAGGGUUUUUGAUUAGUGUUGUUGGUGAUUGUGCGGUUUUGAUUGGCUGGGAUGUUGUUUUGGGAUUAGAUAGUGUUUUUUCGGAGAUUGAGGAUUUGGGUGGUAGGCCUUCUCCGGUUGUUAUGGAGCAAUGUCAAGAGAGUUUGUCUUGCUUGUAUUAUUUGAUCCAGCGGUUUCCGGGGACGUUUAAGUGUUUUGAAGAGGUGGGGUUUAUGGAGAGGGUUUUGGGGGUUUUGGUUAGUGUGUUGAAGUCGAUGGCUUUUACUAGGGAUUGCUUUGUGGCGGCUGGAGUGGCAUUGUGUGCUGCUUUGCAAGUUUGUCUUACUAGUGAAGAGCUUGGUUUGGUUAUUGUUAAAGCUAUAUUUAAUGGUAUUACUUGUAGUUCCAGCGGUACUAAUUGUUUUGAAAGUGAGUUUAGAGAUGUGAUUUUGAAGGUUCCAUUUAAAGGGGAUUUGUGUUUUGAGAUAAAUGGUUUUUCUGGUUUGAGUCGGUUGUGCUUGAUUAGGGGGAUUCUUACUGCUGUUUCGAGGGCUGUACUCAAUUCCCAAUUUGUUGUAUCGAGUGGUGGUUUGAAUGUUAAUGAGGAAAAUGGAAAUUGUUGUGGCUCUGUUAAGACUAUUUUGUAUGAUGGGAUUUUGCCUGAGUUGUGUAAUUAUUGUGAGAACCCUAUCGAUAGUCAUUUUAAUUUUCAUGCAUUGACAGUGUUGCAAAUUUGUUUGCAACAGAUGAAGACUUCAAUGCUAAGUAAUCUUACUGACAUCUCGAAUAAUUAUGAACCCAUACCAGUAGAAAUGGGGACACGGAUACUGAAGAUCAUAUGGAAUAGCUUGGAAGAUCCUUUAAGUCAAACAGUGAAACAAGUUCAUCUGAUUUUUGAUCUGUUCUUAGAUAUUCAGUCAUCUCUUCAUUGGGGAGAGGGAAGUGAAAGAAUAAAAUCUUUCUUGCAAAAAAUUGCUUCAGAUCUUCUCCGUCUAGGCACAGGCUGUAAGGGGAGAUAUGUUCCGUUAGCUUUGUUGACCAAGAGGCUGGGGGCAAAAACUAUACUGGAUAUGAGUUCUGAUCUGCUGUUUGAAAUUGUACAAGCUUACAUUGAUGAUGAUGUGUGCUGUGCUGCUACAACAUUUUUGAAAUGUUUCCUUGAGUGUUUGCGUGAUGAGUGUUGGAACUGUAAUGGGAUUGAGGAAGGUUAUGCUAUUUAUAGAGGGCAUUGUUUGCCUCCCUUUCUGUUUGGACUUGCUUCUGGUGUUUCAAAGCUUCGUUCAAAUGUGAACACAUAUGCUUUGCCUGUUCUACUUGAAGUUGAUGUAGAUAGCAUAUUUCCUAUGCUUGCUUAUAUCUCAGUUGGGCUUAUUGGGGCAGAAAAUGAACUGUCAUAUCCCGAGCUUUCUGGUACAAAUGUAGAACUGGGAGUCGAGCAACAAGUAGCUGUUUUAGUGUCCUUGGUAAAGGUAUGCCGUUCACUUGCUCUAAUUGAAGGCGACAUUGAUUUGUGGGAUGCAUCACAACCACUUCAGACAAAUGGUAUGCUGGGGACAGAUAGUGUGAAACUCUACGCUCUUUUCUCCAUAAAGGGGAUAAAGGUUAAGGUCCAUGUUGAAUGGCUAGUAUUGGCACUAAGACAUGUUGACGAGUUACUCCGCGUAGAUGCUGCAGAGUCUCUGUUCUUAAAUCCCAAGACUUCUAGCAUUCCUUCCUGUUUAGAACUCACGCUCUUGAAAGAAGCUGUGCUGUUGAACAUGAGGAGUUGCUCAACUGGUUUCCAAAUGAAGUGGACCAGCUUGUUUAGAAAGUUCUUUGCUCGGGUUCGAACAGCCUUGGAGAGACAACUUAAGCAGGGGAGCUGGCAACCCCUUCUGGAUUGCAAUAAUAAUGGAGCAUACUCAAAUAAAGGGAUUGAAGAAUCUUUAAUUAAAAGGGCAGAGAAUCUUUUUAAUUUUAUGAGAUGGCUGUCUUGUUUUCUUUUUUUUUCAUGCUAUCCCUCUGCUCCUUAUAAGAGAAAAAUAAUGGCCAUGGAUCUUUUACUCAUAAUGCUUAAUGUUUGGCCUAUUACACUGACUUCUCAAGAUAAGGAUGGGUCUCUUCGUCCUGAAAGUUCUCUCUAUCCUUAUAGCAAAGGAAUAACCUUACCUGAUUCAACGUUGUUAUUAGUUGGAUCCAUCAUUGAUAGCUGGGACAGGCUGAGAGAGAGUUCUUUCCGCAUAUUGCUAUAUUUUCCCAACCCCCUUCCUGGGAUAUCAAGCAAGGAUAUGGUCCAGAAAGUGAUCAAUUGGGCUAAGAAGUUAGUUUGCAGUCCACGUGUCAGGGAGAGUGACGCUGGUGCUCUGACUCUAAGGCUUUUGUUCCGGAAAUAUGUGUUGGAGCUAGGAUGGAUACUUAGAGCUUCUGUUGAUGUUGUUUGUUUUCAAUCACAAUCAAAGCUGGUCAAUGUUGAUAGUCAAAUUAUUGAAUCAAAGCCCCCUGUAGUAGAGUAUAUAAAAUCACUAAUUGAUUGGCUGAAUGCUUCUGUGGAAGAGGGAGAGAGGAAUCUUUCUGAAGCUUGCAAAAACAGCUUUGUUCAUGGAGUUUUGCUGACCCUACGGUAUACUUUUGAGGAAUUGGAUUGGAAUUCAGAUGCAGUCCUGUCUAGCAUUUCAGAAAUGAGGCAUGCAUUGGAGAAGCUCCUGGAGCUUCUUGUGCGAAUAACAUCAUUGGCACUUUGGGUGGUUUCUGCAGAUGCUUGGUAUCUGGCAGACAUGGAUGAGAUGGCUGACGAUGAUGUUUACUUGAUGGAUGAAAUGGAGGUGGUAAGACCUUCAGAAGAUGAAGGCAUUAAUUCAAAACAUGUGCAGGACAGUAGACCAUCGGAACAGAUUGUCAUGGUUGGUUGUUGGCUGGCUAUGAAAGAGGUGAGUCUUCUUCUAGGAACCAUCAUAAGAAAAAUUCCCUUACCAGGUUAUAGUUACUCAGAUUCGAAGUCUGAAGACCCAUGUCCUGAUGCCUCGAUGCCGACAAUACCUAAUGCAAUGCUUGAUUUGCAACAACUUGAACAAAUUGGAAACCACUUCUUGGAAGUCCUUCUGAAGAUGAAGCACAAUGGAGCGAUUGAUAAGACAAGAGUUGGAUUCACUGCUCUUUGCAACCGCUUACUUUGCUCAAAUGAUCCGAGACUUUGCAAGUUGACAGAAAUUUGGAUGGAACAACUGAUGGAAAGAACCAUUGCCAAGGGUCAGGUUGUGGAUGAUUUGUUACGAAGAAGUGCUGGUAUUCCUGCAGCAUUUAUUGCUCUCUUUCUGUCAGAGCCUGAUGGUGCACCAAAGAAACUCCUUCCACGGGCUUUACGGUGGCUAAUAGAUGUAGCUAAUAGCUCCUUGCUGUAUCUGGUUGAUGCCAAGAGCAUGAAUGGCAACUCCUGCAAGUUGUCAUCGACAAAUUCAGACCAAGCACCUGAUUCUGCAAAGCUGUAUGGGGUGAAUGUGAUGGAAAAGACCUCAAAGAUCCGAGAUGAAGGUGUAAUUCCGACAGUACAUGCAUUUAAUGUUCUCAGAGCUGCUUUUAAUGAUACAAACCUUGCAACUGAUACAUCUGGUUUUGCUGCGGAGGCUUUGAUUGUCUCAAUUCACUCUUUCUCUUCACCAUAUUGGGAGGUCCGAAAUAGUGCCUGUCUGGCAUACACUGCCUUAGUACGACGCAUGAUAGGAUUCCUAAAUCUUCAAAAACGAGAAUCUCGACGUUCACUAACUGGGCUUGAGUUUUUUCACAGGUACCCCUCGUUGCAUCCAUUUCUUUACAAUGAGCUGAAUGUUGCAACUGAUGCACUUCGGGAUGCAACAUCUGGAUGCUCAGAAUCCAACUUAUCAAAGGUCGUCCACCCAAGCUUGUGCCCUGUUUUAAUUCUUUUAUCCAGGCUCAAGCCUUCAACAAUUGCUAGUGAGAGUGGAGAUGACUUGGAUCCAUUCCUAUUUAUGCCAUUCAUCAGGAGGUGCUCAACCCAAAGUAAUCUACGAAUUCGUGUUCUUGCAUCUAGAGCUUUAACAGGACUGGUCUCCAAUGAGAAACUGCCAACUGUCCUCCUGAAUAUUGGCUCUGAAUUGCCUUGCGUGGAGAAUCAAAUUGCAGCUUCUUCGUUUCCGUCUUCCUUAUUGAAACCAAGCAAUGGAACAGUCUCUACUAAUUAUAAUUCGAUUCAUGGAAUGCUAUUGCAAAUGUGUUCUCUUCUAGAUGCAAAUUGCAGAAACCUUGCUGAUUUCACGAAGAAAGAGAAAAUUCUUGGCGAUCUGUUCCAAGUUCUAGCGAAGCGAUCAUGGAUUGCAAGCCCCAAAAGGUGUCCUUGCCCUAUCCUUAAUAGCUCUUUUGUAAGGGUGUUAGAUCACAUGCUCAGUGUUGCACAAACAGGCCAUAUCAGGGAGAAUUACCUUCCCAUCCGCAGUCUGCUGUGGAAGCUAUGUACAGAAUGCUUAGAUGUAGAAGAUUCUUUUGGAGUGUCAUAUUAUGAUCCAACAGUAGCAGAACUUCGUGAACAAGCAACCAUAUCCUAUUUCAGUUGUGUGCUCCAGGCAUCUAAAGAUGGCAUGGAGGAGGUUCUUCAGAAGCCACAAGCACAUUUAUCACAUGACUUAAAGUUGUUGAACCUCCCUGAAACAAAGGAAACUUUUGUCUCACUUGAGAAAAGGCUGAUUAGUUCCUUGUCAGAUUCAUCAUAUGAAGUUCGACUUGCAACACUGAAGUGGCUGUUGAAGUUCCUGAAGUCGACAGAAUCUAUCAGUGAUGUCCACCAUCUGUCUAGCAGUGCAAUUGGAAUUAUUCAGCAUUGGAGUAAGCCAAACCUCCAGGAGACAAUGGUUAAGCUCUUGGACUCGGAGAAGUAUCAUAGAUGUAAAUAUUACAUUCUGAGGAUUCUUUACACUUGGAACUUGCUGCAGUUUCAGAAACCUGGAAACCAAAAUUCUGCCGAUAUUACAUAUGUUGGCAACUUAGAUAAUGAUUCCACGUUUCAGUUCUGGGAUAAGUUGUUAUCCUUGUACAAUAUCACAAGACAUAAAAAGACAAGAGAGACACUCAUCUGCUGCAUGGCUAUAUGUGUGAAAAAGUUUUCAAGUUUAUUAACCAGCAGUGUUCUGUCUUACAUGGAGGAGGAAACUCCAAAAUCCUGUGAGUCAUGUCAACUGGAAAGAUCAGCACUUUUGUACGAAUAUAUAACCCUUUUUGUCAACCUUAUCAAAGAACACAGUUCUUCAUCUGAGCCAGUGACCAAGCGCAAUGCAGCAGCAGAAUCUAUUAUUGCAUCUGGUUUGCUUGAACAAGCAGAACUUAUUGGUUCUUGUGUGUUCAGUAAUGAAAUCCCUGCUGGACUUUCUGGUUCCUGUUUUGAACCAAAAGAAGCUGUUAAUAUGUACGGUCGUCAGUUACUUGAGAUAUGGUUUACUUGCAUCAAGUUGCUGGAGGAUGAAGAUGAUGCGAUACGACAAUGGCUCGCCUUGAAUGUCCAGAAAUGCUUUUCUUCAAAAGCUUCUGGAAGCAGCUUUCAAGCUGUUGGGGUCCCAAUGCAAGUGGAGAAAGUGAUUGAAUUGAGUUUUGGGUAUCUAUCUUAUAUCUUUGGUCACUGGAUUGAUUACUUUGAUCAUCUUUCACAGUGGGUAAUAAAUGGAGCAAAUUAUGUAACCUGUAAAGGAGAUAUUGUCAGACGGGUUUUUGACAAGGAAAUUGACAAUCAUCAUGAAGAGAAGCUGUUGAUCUGUCAAAUAUGCUGCUCUCAUUUGGAACAGCUUCCAAUUUCAAAAUCGUGGUUGGCUGAUGGGCCAUUCAAGCAGAAGUUCACAAAUUAUUUAUACAACUGGAGAAGUAGAUUUUGUCAUCAGUUGACAUCGUUUGCCAAGGACCAUAUUGAGAAUUUGGGAGGAGUUGAUUGGAUAGGUGGUGUUGGUAACCACAAAGAUGCAUUUCUACCAAUAUAUGCAAAUUUGCUUGGCUUUUAUGCUCUCUCAAACUGCAUGGUCAAUAGGAAUAUCGAGGAUGACAUGCUUCUACUAUCUCAAAUUGUUGAAAUUGGUAAAACCAUCGACCCGUUCUUGAGGAAUCCUUUGAUUUCAAACCUGUAUUUGUUAGUUGUAAAUUUGCAUGAGAGAAAGGUCGGAGCCACUGCUGACAUGUUGACUAGUAAAUUCAUCAUAGAUGACUCGAUUUGGGAUGGUUUUGAUCCCUAUUUUCUUCUUAGGUAAGAUGAAUUUGUACAAUAGCUGCAUAAUUCCAAAUGGGUUUUAACUUCAUAGAUUGCUGUAUCAUAGAACUGAGAUGUACUGUGUUUCUUUAGGAUUGUUCAAGUUAUGCUCGGGACAGUCCGAGAUUGUCUUGGUUUCCUUA